AUGUUGCUGCGUAACCGUGUUGCUGGACAGAGCAGCAGGGGUUUGAUAGAUUGGCCUUAUCCUUUUGUGGAGGGUGAAUUAUUUGCUCUAACAAUAAGCUCCGGCUUGGAAGGUUAUCAUGUUCAAGUUGAUGGGAGGCAUGUCGCGUCUUUUCCUUAUCGUGUUGGCUUUGACCUCGAGGAUGUCGCUACGGUGCAAGCAAAUGGUGAUAUUGAGGUUGAAUCAAUGUUUGCCGGUACAUUACCUGCGGUCCAUCCUAACAUCUUGCAAAGAAAUCUGGAGUUGCUGUCCGAACUGAAAGCCCCUCCACCUGAAGAACCUGUGGAGCUGUUCAUAGGCAUCCUUUCAGCAGGAAGCCACUUCACCGAGCGCAUGGCUGUGAGGAGAUCAUGGAUGUCUGCAGUUCGAAAUUCAUCAAGUACCAUGGCUCGGUUUUUUGUCGCCUUGAACCAUGUUUCAGGGCAGAAUGGAAGAAGGGAAGUUAAUGAAGAUUUGAAGAAAGAAGCGGAUUUCUUCGGGGACAUUAUCAUUGUGCCCUUUGUGGAUAGCUACGACCUGGUUGUUCUGAAGACUGUUGCCAUCUGCGAGUAUGCGGCUCGUGUUGUUGCUGCGAGGUAUGUCAUGAAGUGCGAUGAUGAUACCUUUGUUAGGCUUGAUUCAGUCAUGGCUGAAAUCAAGAAAAUCCCAGAAGAUAAAAGCUUCUACAUGGGGAACAUGAACUACUACCACAGACCACUCCGAGAAGGAAAAUGGGCCGUCUCAUACGAGGAGUGGCCCAGGGACACCUACCCGACGUACGCCGACGGCGCUGGCUACAUUGUUUCUUCCGACAUCGCCGGCUUCGUCGCGUCGGAGAUGGAGAAGGGCAGGCUGAAUCUGUUCAAGAUGGAGGACGUGAGCGUGGGCAUGUGGGUGGGGCAGCUCGACGCCGGCGGCGGCACCGGCGGCGUGGAGUACGUCCACGGCGCGGGGUUCUGCCAGGCGGGGUGCGCCGACGACUACCUGACGGCGCACUACCAGUCGCCGGGGCAGAUGCUGUGCCUCUGGGAGAAGCUGCGGCAGGGCAGGCCGCAGUGCUGCAACGCCGGAUGA